GGCUCAGCUGAUGAGGUCAGACCGUGUGGAGACGCAGCUCAGUGUGUGUGUGACUGCAGCCUGAUUAACACACACCGUCCUCCUCUCUGACGCGCACACACUCUCCUGAAAACACACUUUGACCAUUUACACUUUUCAUUCAUUAAACCACCAUCAUGGAUCUGGACCCGACCGUCGUCAUUCCCGCCAUCCUUUUCACCGUCGUUGCCAUUUAUUUCGCUUCGUCGCUCCUCAGCAAGAAGCCCGACGCCUCCUCCUCCUCCUCCUCAGCCGGGAACAAGAAGCCUAAAGUCGGCUACGGAGACGACAUCCCUCCGUCCAGAGCUCUGGGAGAGCAGCUCCGACCCGAGCCUGAAGUCUCCCCGCGGCCAGAAGCUCCGGCUCCGGCUGUGGAGGACAUCGGAGCCGCUGAGAAGAUCCAGGACGUCCCGGUCGCACAAGUGAAGGCUGUCCCAGAACCAGUAUCAGCACCAGAACCUGUCCAGGAACCAGUAAAAGAACCAGAAACUGUUCCAGAAGCAGCAAAAGUACCAGAACCUGUCACAGUAUCAGAGACUGUUCCAGAACCAGUAUCAGAGCCAGAACCUGCCCCAGAACCAGUAAAAGUACCAGAGACUGUUCCAGAACCAGUUAAAGCACAACAAGUAGCUGCAGUACCAGAACUUAUUCCAGAGCCAGAAACUGCACAGGAGCCAGUAUCAGUACCAGAACCAGUCCCAGAACCAGCUGCAUCCCCAGAACCAGUGUCAGCCCCAGAACCAGUGUCCGCCCCAGAACCAGAACCAGUCCCAGAACCAGCUGCAGCCCCAGAACCAGUCCCAGUCCCAGAACCAGCUGCAGCCCCAGAACCAGUGUCAGCCCCAGAACCAGUCCCAGAACCAGCUGCAGCCCCAGAACCUGUAGCUGUGCCUGAUCCAGAUCCUGUGGUCCAGUCUGAAGCGGUACCUGAAGCGGUCCCUGAGCCCGUGGCUGAACCAGAGAAGGUUGUGGAGGAGUCUUUACCCGAGCUGGUCCCUGGGUCGACAGAAGACCUGCCGGGCCCUGAACCUGCUGUAGAGGCCUCACAGGAACCUGAACCAGAACCUGAACCGGAGACCGUCCUCAACAACGACGUGGCUGCAGCUGAAGAUAAAGUGAAGUUCACUCCAGGAAAGAAACAGAGCAAGUUUGAGACGCUGAUGACCAAGGAGGAGAUCGAGGAGGAGCAGAGGGUGCAACAGGAGCAGCUGGCGGCCAUCUUCCUGCUGCUGAGGGAGAACCAGGAGGCGCUGGGGGAGGUGACGGAGGGAGACAUGGAGGAGCAGCUGAAGCUCUACUCCCUUUAAGACACGCCCACACCGAGACACUGUCCGUCCACUCAGGGAGUCCACCUCGUUACCGUUACCGUGGCAACACUUAAGGAGACUUGAAUGUAAAACACUAGAUUUACUUUGUAACGAUGACAUCUGUAACUUUGGUCAGUUAAAAUAUUCAAUAGAUAUAUAAUAAUCAAAUAUUAUUUGUCUCUAUUAUUUGUCUGUUUGAAUAUUACAACUUUUUUCAUGAAAUGUUACAAUUUAUUUCUUCAAAUAUUUCAUCUUUUUUUCUUAAAAUACAACUUUUUUUUAAUUUGUAGAUUUUUUUUGUCAAUAUUUCAUUUUGCCCCAAAUAUUAGUAGUAAUAUUAGUAUUCUUAAUAUAUCAGAACUUUUCUAUCAGAACAUUAUGACUUUCAUAUUUUCAUGUUUAAGACUGUAACUGCUUAUUCUGAGUAACGUUGACAGUAUCUGACUCUUUUUGCUUUUGUGUGAUUUUUACAUAGACAAGAGUUUUCACUGAG